ACCAGGGGAAGAGAAACAGAGGAAUCCUUUCGCCUCUGAAAAGCAAGAGAACAGAAGAAGCCAUGGCGAGUGCUCUCUUAUCGAUUUCGUGCUUCGUACCUUCACAAAAAGCAGAUAGUGAGCAGAAUGGAUGUUUCGGGAACCUGAGGAUUUCAAUCUAUGGGAAACUGCUGUGUAAUCCUUAUCGUAUAAGGACUCAGUUCAACAGAACCCAAGGAGAAGGCAGUACCCGUACUGCAGUUGUUGCCUCAGCGCUUGGUCGGAGAGCACAGAAGAAAGAAACUGUAAUCCCUGAUCCUGACUACCGGAUCCCCAUUGUUCUUCUUGGUAUGGCUGGUGGCUUAGCCUAUACAGAUAACCUUGUACCAGCUGUACCCGUUGGGUUGCUUGGAUUGCUUCUCUUGUUUCAGACUACCCGGGUGAGAUUUGUGUUUGACAAUGAGGCCUUGGAGGUGAAAGUAGGAGAGCAGCUUGAGGAAUCAGGCGAAAAUGUAUUCAUUGGUGGGAAGAACCGAUGGAAGUAUUCUAGUUUUGUCAACUGGGAACUAUGGUGGCCUAGCUUCCCUAUCCUGGUGUACUUUAAGGAGAAACAAACAAAACCUGAAGGCCAAAUCCACUUCUUCCCUAUCAUUUUUAAUGGCAAACAGCUUUAUGAUGUUAUGGUGGAGAGAGCUGGCCCUUCGAAAACCAGUGCACCAAAAUGAUGCUGGCAAAGCUUCAGUGCUGCGGUGAUGAUCCAACCAUCCUUCAUGGUUCAGAGAAGGGAUCAGUGUCUCUGGAUAGCUGUCAAUGUUUGAUUCAGAUGUAUUUGCAUUGCAGGACAAAAUAGAUGUUCAAUUUACUGAUCGAGAAGCAUAUCGACCAAAUCGAAUGCUCAUAUAUAUGGAUAGAAUGGCAGAAAGAGUACAGUUUCUCUCAUUCAUUCAUUCAUUAGUUGUACAUCGAAUAUUUGUUACUCUAACUACACCAAUCAUGGAUAUAGAAUAAAACUCUGAAUACGAA